GAGCUAGACGGCGUCGGGCCGCGGAAGAACGACACGCCCCAGAAGCCCUCGCGCCACUCUUCCCCCUCCCUUCCUGCAGUCGGAGUGCUGUUUUUGUUGUUGGUGAAAGGUGAGGGAACAGCUGAUCCGUCUGUGGGGAUAGCAGGUACCUUGAAGGCAGGAUGGACGAGUCAUCACUAAGCCGGGCACCAUCCCGGGGUGGAGUCAAUUUCUUGAAUGUAGCCCGGACCUACAUCCCCAACACCAAGGUGGAAUGUCAUUAUACCCUGCCCCCAGGCACCAUGCCCAGUGCCAGUGACUGGAUUGGCAUUUUCAAGGUAGAAGCUGCCUGUGUUCGGGAUUAUCACACAUUUGUAUGGUCUUCAGUGCCAGAAAGUACAACCAAUGGUUCUCCUACCCAUGCCAGUGUCCAGUUCCAAGCCAGCUACCUGCCCAAACCAGGAGCCCAACUUUACCAGUUCCGAUAUGUGAACCGCCAGGGCCGGGUAUGUGGGCAGAGCCCCCCUUUCCAGUUCCGAGAACCCAGGCCCAUGGAUGAGCUGGUGACCCUGGAGGAGGCUGAUGGAGGCUCUGACAUCCUGCUUGUUGUCCCCAAGGCCACUGUACUCCAGAACCAGCUGGAUGAAAGUCAGCAGGAACGGAAUGAUCUGAUGCAGCUGAAGCUGCAGUUGGAGGAGCAGGUGACAGAACUGAGGAGCCAAGUGCAGAAGCUAGAGACAGCUCUGACCUCCGCCAGGCGAGAGCAUGCAGAGCUCACAGAGCAGUACACGGGACUUUCCCGGUCCUAUGGAGAGCUCACAGAAGAGAGAGACGUCCUGAGUCGGAAGCAGGGUGACCAUGUGGCCCGUAUCCUGGAGCUCGAGGAUGACAUCCAGACCAUCAGUGAGAAAGUGCUGAUGAAGGAGGUGGAACUGGACAGGGUUAAAGACACAGUGAAGGCUCUGACCCGGGAACAAGAAAAGCUCCUGGGGCAACUGAAAGAACUCCAGGCAGACAAGGAGCAGAGUGAGGUCGAGCUUCAAAUGGCCCAAGAGGAGACCCGUCGCUUAAAUAUAGAACUACAGGAGUCCAAGGGCCAGCAAGAGGAGCAGGGUGCUCAGGUUCAGCAACUGAAGGACAAGGUGGCCCACAUGAAGGAUACCCUAGGCCAGGCCCAGCAGAAAGUGGCUGAGCUGGAGCCCCUGAAGGAGCAGCUUCGAGCAGUCCAGGAGCUUGCAGCAGAAAGCCAGCAGAAAGCCGCCCUUCUUGGGGAGGAGUUGGCCAGCGCAGCAGGAGCCAGGGACCGCACCAUAGCUGAGCUGCACCGGAGCCGUCUGGAAGUGGCCGAAGUCAACGGCAAGCUGGCUAAGCUCAGCCUGCACCUGAAGGAAGAGAAGUGCCAGUGGAGCAAGGAACGGGCAGGGCUGCUGCAGAAUGUGGAGACUGAGAAGGACAAGAUCCUCAAAUUGAGUGCGGAGAUCCUCCGGCUGGAGAAGGCAGUACAGGAGGAGAGGAGCCAGAGUAUCGUGUUCAAGACUGAGCUGGCCCGGGAAAAGGAUUCUAGCCUGGUGCAGUUGUCAGAGAGUAAGCGGGAGCUGACGGAAUUGCGGUCAGCCCUACGUGUGCUCCAGAAGGAAAAGGAGCAGUUGCAGGUGGAGAAACAGGAACUGCUAGAGUACAUGAGGAAGCUGGAGGCCCGGCUAGAGAAGGUGGCAGAUGAGAAGUGGAAUGAAGAUGCUGCCACAGAGGAUGAGGAGGCCACUGCAGGAAUGAGCCGCCCUACAGCUCUGACAGACUCAGAAGACGAGUCCCCAGAGGACAUGAGGCUCCCGCCCUAUGGCCUGUGUGAGCGUGGAGACACAGGAGCCUCUCCCCCUGGGCCCCGGGAGCCUUCUUCCCUGGUUGUCAUCAGCCAGCCAGCUCCCAUUGCUCCCCACCUCUCAGGACUGGCUGAGGACAGCAGCUCUGACUCAGAAGCUGAAGAUGAGAAGUCAGUCCUGAUGGCAGCUGUACAGAAUGGGGGCGAGGAGACCAACCUGCUGCUCCCAGAACUGGGCAGUGCCUUCUAUGACAUGGCCAGCAUCAUCUUCCACGGAGCCCAAAUUGCCCUGCUUCCCCUCUCUUCUGCCCCUACCCCUUCCCCAGCUACCAGUGGCUUUGCAGUGGGUCCUCUGUCAGAGACCAGCACUGGGGUCCCAGCCGCCCCUCCAUGGAAGGAGUGUCCUAUCUGUAAGGAACGCUUCCCUUCUGAGACUGACAAGGACGCCAUGGAGGACCACAUGGAUGGACACUUCUUUUUCAGCACCCAGGACCCUUUCACCUUUGAGUGACCUCACUGUCCCUAGUAUGUGCAAAACACACACACACAGUUUGCUUUCAUGCCUGUACCCCAUCACACUGGGUUCUAUGAUAUUCUGUCCCUAAGAACCAUGCCUGCGUCUACAUUCAUCCCGAGCUUUCUAACUCCAUCCUCCUGUCUGUUUGCUCUGUCCCAGACAGAAGUGUGUCUUGAAAGCUGUGGCUGAGUUUAGCUCUGAAAGCAGUUUUCAGGUGCCAGGAUAAGGAAGGCCUUCCCCUGUGGGAACAGAAUUAUCCAUCGCUAGCCUGGAUACACAGCCAACACACACACACACACACACACGUACCCUUCUCUGAUGCCCCAAAGCCAACCCCUGGGGCACUCCACUCUCUUUAUUUGGGGUUUGUUUGUUUACUCAGUUUUCUCCCGGGCCUGCAUGGGGGCAGCAGCAUGGGCAUCAUAACCUCAUCAGGUCUCCCAGUUCUUGGCUUCACUGGUUCCUCUGUUACCUGUUGCCUUUCACACUAUACCCCUCCCCAGCCUUUUCUGUAGCCUUAGAUAAGUUUGGAGGUUUCUUUUGUAUUUUUAAGGAUUCCUGUAUUGUCUCAUGGCCACUCCAUACCCGUGUCCUCAAAUGGAAAAGAAAUGUAUUUGUGCCUUUUGUGAGGGCUGGAGGGGUGAGGGAUUCCCAGGUGUCCCCAUUUCCCAGCCCCUCCCCCUCUCCAGGUCCCCCACAGCAAUAAGAGCUCCCUUCCCCCUCUAUCCCCCCCUUAUCUGUAGUUUGAACAAAUAUAUUUAUAUGAUAUGUGUAA